GGGAGCAGGAGGUAUCGCGAGAGUUAGCCUCACCUCCUUGUGGGCGGUGUAACUAUGGCGAGCUCCGGAAUCGAGACGGAGCAGGAGCCGCUCUUAGGCGACCGCACACCCGGAAGCAGAGAAUGGGAUAUUAUAGAAACUGAAGAGCAUUAUAAGAGUCGAUGGAUAUCUAUUAGGGUUCUGUAUCUUACUAUGUUUUUAAGCAGUAUAGGAUUUUCUAUUGUGAUAAUGUCAAUAUGGCCAUAUCUCCAAAAGAUUGACCAGACAGCUGAUGCAAGUUUUUUGGGCUGGGUUAUUGCUUCAUUUAGUCUUGGCCAAAUGGUAGCUUCACCUGUACUUGGUUUGUGGUCUAAUUAUAGACCAAGAAAAGAACCUCUUAUUGUCUCCAUCUUCAUUUCGGUCGCGGCUAACUGCCUCUAUGCAUAUGUCCACGUUCCAGCUUCUCAUAAUAAAUACUACAUGUUGGUUGCUCGUGGUUUGGUGGGAAUUGGAGCAGGAAAUGUAGCAGUUGUUAGAUCAUACAUCGCUGGUGCUACUUCCCUUCAGGAAAGAAUAAGUUCCAUGGCAAACACAAGUGCAUGUCAAGCAUUAGGUUUUAUUCUAGGUCCAGUUUUUCAGACUUGUUUUGCACUCAUUGGAGAAAAGGGCGUGACAUGGGAUAUCAUUAAGCUGCAGAUAAAUAUGUACACAGCACCAGUUUUACUUGGAGCAUUCCUGGGAGUUUUAAAUAUUAUUCUGAUCCUUACUCUAUUAAGAGAACAUCGUGUGGAUGACUCAGGACGACAGUGUAAAAGUGUUAAUUUUGAAGAAGCAGGUGCAGAUGAAGUUCAGUUUCCCCAAGGAAAUAUUGAUCAAGUUGCUGUUGUGGCCAGCAAUGUUCUGUUUUUUGUGGUCCUAUUUAUCUUUGCCCUUUUUGAAACCAUCGUUACUCCAUUAACAAUGGAUAUGUAUGCCUGGACUCGAGAACAAGCUGUAUUAUAUGGUGGAAUAAUACUUGCUGCUCUUGGAGUUGAGGCAAUUAUUAUUCUCAUGGGGAUUAAAUUACUUUCUAAGAAGAUUGGUGAGCGUGCAAUUCUACUGGGAGGACUCAUCAUUAUAUGGGUUGGCUUCUUUAUCUUUUUACCUUGGGGAAAUCAGUUUCCCAAAAUACAGUGGGAAGAUUUACAUAAUAAUUCAAUCCCUAAUAUCACAUUUGGGGAAAUUAUUAUUACUCUUUGGAAGUCUUCAAGAGAAGAUCACAAUGAAGGACCCACUGGUUGCCCAAUUGAACAAGCCUGGUGCUUCUACAUCCCCAUGAUCCAUCUGGCCCAGUUCCUCACAGCAGCUGUGCUAAUCGGAGUAGGCUAUCCAUCCUGCAAUGUUAUGUCCUAUACGUUGUAUUCAAAAAUUCUGGGACCAAAACCUCAGGGUGUGUACAUGGGCUGGUUAACAGCUUCUGGAAGUGCAGCACGGAUUCUUGGACCUGUGUUCAUCACCCAAGUGUAUACUUCCUGGGGUCCGCGAUGGGCAUUCAGCCUUGUCUGUGGAAUAGUGGCACUUACCAUAAUGCUACUGGGUGUGGUUUACAAAAGACUUGUUGCUUUUUCUGUAAGGCAUGGAAGGAUUCAAGAGUAACCUAACUAACACUGUGAUGGAAGGUACUUGUAUGGGGCUUCUUCUUCCAGGACUCUGCAAGACCAUUGCUAUAAGUCAAUUUCCAAAAGUCAGGCUACAAAUAUUGUGUAUUUUGAAUAACAAGAAUAUAUAUUGAAUAAUACAGGGAAUUCUAUGUAUAAAUAUGAACAGUAAUAUAUAAAAACACUCUGGUUCAUAAUUUCCAUAUUUCAAAAAGUAUUCUUCAUAUAAUAGCUCUUUAGCAGUUGCAUGAACUCAUGAGUGAAUGGACAGUGGUUUAUAAAUAUGAAGUUGUGCUCUUAAUUCAAACUGCAGAGGUGUCAUUAAAAUAAUGAGAAAAUAUUUAUGUAGUGAAACGAUAAGGAGAGUUCUGUAUGAAUUACUAAAAAUGAAAUUAUAGAAAUUAUUUACCUAAAUAGAGGUUCCUAUGUUUGAAGAUACCUACUUUUUAUUUAUUUAAAAAAUGCAGCUUCUAUUAUCAAAUUUCCUUAUGCAACACAAAUCAUAAAAUUUUCCAUUUACCAUGCCUGCCAUCCUACCUUACCUUCUAGAAGUCAUUAUUUUUAAUUCUAUACCUUCUGACCUAUUUUGGUUCCCUAAGUUAAUAGGAAAGUACAAAUAAUGCUAAUAUUUGAGCAAUAAAGAUUAAGAUAUCAAGAUGGAUUUCAUUACCUUUAGUAGGACUAAUUGUUUUUUUCUUUCAAAUACUAAUAAAUAAUUCACUUCAGAAUCAUAAGCCAGAUAUAUUACUUUAUACAUAUACUGAGUAGCCAACUGUUUUUUAAAAUACUGUCAUUUUUCAGCUCCCUUAAAUUCUGGAGAAAAACUAUCACUUUAAUUAUUUAAUUAAAUUAUUUAAUUUAUUUACUUUUCCCAUCUCUCAGUGGUGGCAGGGAAGACAUAGCAGUUUUCAAGCUAUGUCUCUGUAACUAUUCCAAACUGCAGAAUUUUAAAUUUGAAUAGGCCAUGACAGCCCUAAUCUAGUUAGGCUAAUAAAUAUUUGAGGUAAAAUUGCUUUAAUCUAACAGGUUACUGAUUUUACUUGAAGUUGGCUAAAUCAUACUCUCUAUGUGUACAUUUCUACCUCUACAUAAGUUGAAUGCUGAUAAAAAGAACUAAUAUAGAAUUAUGUAUAUGGAUAAUUAAUAAUUACCAAAAUAUGCAAAAAUAUUUCUAAAUAUUUUUCCAAAUGUUUCCUACUCUAAGUUCUAUUUUCAAAUCUGAAAGUGAACAAGUAAGUAAACACUGUAAUCUGCACUUUA